AUGGUUUGUCGCACGGUAGACAGGAGUGAUAGCCGGUCGGCGCAAGUGCGACGAGGAAGCGGCGGGGGUGAGGGGCGUAUCGCGGCCUGGCGAAGCCCAGUCGAGUCCCGUGAGUCCGGGCAAGCACUGCUAUCGAGUAGGUGGCAUCGUGGUGGUGGUGGUGGUGGUAGUGGUGGAGGUGGUGGUGUUAGGCGUCGUCCGGGACCGAGGAGAAAGAGAGAGAGAGAGAGAUUCCUCCGAAAGAGAGAGAGAAAGAGAAAACCGCCAUCGAAUACCGCUGCCGCCGCCGUCGUCAUCAUCGUCAUCGUAGUCAUAGUCGCGGUCGCUGUUGUUGCCGUCUUCAUUAUCAUCUUCGUGUUCGUCGUUACCGUCGUGCUGCUGCCGUCGAGGCGGUGCGUCGUCGUCGCGCGCUCGAUGCCGAAGCGCCGACAUCUGUUCCCGUGCGUUGCCUCCGCCACGCACCUGGCCGCGGAUUACCCGGAAAUCAGCGAUCGCCCGUCCACCGAGGAAACCCGCCCCCUGCGGCGUACGUAAAAGGGACGAGAGCGGAACGCGUGUACGCGGCCGAGAGGAAUCGAACGGACGCGCUCUCGCGCGCGCGCGCGCGCGCGAUGAUUCUGCGCGGCUUAGGACUGUUUCGUGAGGGCGAAUGAGAGAUGGGCGAACUGAUAGAGUGAAACGCACUCAGGUGGUACACGCAUACACGCGUGUGACGCGCGUGCGUGUCGGACCGCCGUCAUCGGUGAGAACGACAGGAUUGUUUGAAGAAAAAGAACAGCGAGAAUCGUCGAGUUGUGAUGUUGGACCCCGCGGCACCGCCGGGUUCCUCGUGGUGAUCAAGUGCUCCGCUAUAC